CUCUCACGGUCUAUGGUCUAAGGACAUUGAAGCGGAAGUGCCUGCGAGACACUGUACCUCCUGCCCUCUAUGGUGAAAAGGUCUUUGUGCGGCAGGCCCUGCGAGGCGAUCUAACCUCACGGACGCGCCGCUCUGCGGUGCGAGUCUCGCCCCCUACCCCGAUCUGCGGUGCCUGCAGGACGCUCUAUCUGCACCCAGCGCCUCUCUAUGGAGUUUAAAAAAAGACCGGAAGUGAACGGGUGGGACGCGCUAUCUCCUGGAAAGGGCCUUUUCUCUAUGGCCUCUCUGCGGGAGGGUGGGCUGCAGAAACUGGUUUGACCAGCUUCAAGAGACUUAAGUAGAACAAAGAACUUUGAGUGAAUUAAAGGGCAACCCAGCGAAUGGAAGGAACACUUGAAGAACAGGGUCUGCUGGUGUACAGGCCUGUGUUCUUAAAAGCACAGCAUCCCAAUGCCAAGACAAGACAGCUGUUCCCUAUCAGACAUGAUGUAUUGAGCAGCAAAAGGAGAUUUGAUCCAGUAAAAUAUUUUACAUCCACCCACUGACAAAAAUUGCAAUAGUCAUACAUGAUUUUAGUGUUAAAGAAUCCCUGAUCAAUGUAUCUGUCUGCAUAAAGCCUCCGAGGAGCUCACAAAUUUGUCUUACCUGGUGUUCUGAUUGCCUGAGUUGGACUGGGAUUUUUUGUUAAUCCACUGUUCAUGGAGUUUCACUCCUUUAAAUUGGUGACUUUUACAAAUGCUAUUUUGAUGACUCUUAGCACUUCAUCAUUUCCCGUCAUUAACAUGGUGCAGAUGGUUGUCUGUGUGUUCAUUCAUUUCUGUUUUCAUAGCAAAUAAUCAUUGAAAAUAUAAAUAGUUACUAGUAGUUUCAGCAGUCACCUCUCACAGUGUUUCGAGUGUAACACAUCCUGUUUGUAUGGCAGACAGCAGUAUGAGGUUUUAAUGCUAAAUUUUUGUUCUUUUUACCCAGUUUAUUCUUUGGGAUCAUAUGACUUCAAGGCUGAUGCUGAUUAUGCAGUGAAUGCUUCUCUUUCCCGAGCAGAGACGAAGUAGCUGAUCUGUGUACAGGAGAACAAAUGCCCAGAAGAACAGGACAGUCACUAGUUGUCCGAGGCAGAGGGGAGGAGAGAAAACGAAGGAGACAGAAAGGGAAAGAGAAGAGACUGAAAGGGGCAGCAGGAGCGAUGCCGGUGACCUUCGAGGAGGUAGCUGUGUAUUUCACCCAGGGGCAGGGGGCUCUGCUGGACCCCGCCCAGAGAGCCCUUUACAGGGACGUCAUGCAGGAGAAUUACGAGACCGUCACCUCGCUGGGAUUUCCCGUUCCCAAACCUGACCUGAUCGCCCGGCUGGAACGAGGGGAAGAGGCGUGGGUCCCGGAUCUCCAGGCCUCUGAGAAAAAGGAGGUCCCGCGAGUCACCCACACAGCAGGUGAUGAGACCGUGAGUGAGAACAAGGAGGUGACUUGGCAGGUGGAACCAGAGAGGGCCUUUUUGAGAGGAGCUGAAGGGAAUUUUCCCCAGGGCUUGGAACAGGGAGAAGCCUGGGGAAAUCGGGGUGGGUCAGAGAGGCAGCUGGGAAACCAGCCAAGGAAGAAAGUGGAUGCAUCAGUUCAAGGUGGGGGAGGAUGCACAGAUCCCAAGGAAACCACCGCCCAGCAGACAAAUCCCAAGGAUGAGAAACCCUACAAAUGCCUCGACUGUGGGAAAAGCUUCAGUGUGAGAACGAACCUUAUUACGCAUUGGAAAAACCACACGGGAGAGAAGCCCUAUAAAUGCUUGGACUGCGGGAAAAGUUUCCGUCAGAGCUCACACCUUAUUACACAUCAGAGACUGCACACGGGAGAAAGACCCUAUAAAUGCCUGGAGUGUGGGAAAAGUUUCAAUGUGAGAUCGGCCCUUAUUGCACAUCAGAGAACUCACACGGGAGAGAAACCCUAUAAGUGCCUGGACUGUGGGAAAAGCUUCAAUGUGAGAUCAGCUGUUAUUAGACAUCAGAGAAUCCACACGGGAGAGAAACCUUAUAAAUGCUUAGAUUGUGGGAAAAGCUUCAGUCAGAGUUCCAGCCUCACUAAACAUCGGAGAACCCACACGGGAGAGCGACCCUAUAACUGCCUCGUGUGUGGGAAAAGUUUUAGCGACAGCUCGUCCCUUAUUAAACAUGGGAGAACCCACACAGGAGAGAGACCCUAUAAAUGCCUGGACUGUGGGAAAUGUUUCAAUCUGCGAUCAGCUCUUCUUGCACAUCAAAGAACCCACACGGGAGAGAAACCCCAUAAAUGCCUGGACUGUGGGAAAAGCUUUAGUCAGAGCUCAAACCUUGUUACACAUCAGAGAACCCACACGGGGGAUAAACCCUACAAAUGCCUCCACUGUGGGAAACGGUUUAACGUCAGUUCAGCCGUUAUUACGCAUCAGAGAAUCCACACGGGAGAGAAACCCUAUAAAUGCCUGGACUGUGGGAAAAGCUUCAGUCAUAGCUCAAACCUCACUAAACAUCAGGGAAUUCAUGAGGGGGAGAGAGCCUAUAAGUGGGACAUGUUUUAAUAGGAAGUCAACCCUUAAUACUCAUCAGGAGACCCCCAGCAUGGGAGAGAGACCCCAGAAAUGUCUCUGUUGAGGGAAAAGUUCGAUUCAGAGAUCAGCCCUCGUUACGCAUCAGACAAUCCACAAAAUAGAGAAACCCCAUAAGUGCUUGGACUGUGGGAAAAGAAUCAAUAACAGCUCAGGCCUUACUUAAUGCUGGAGAACCCACAUGAGAGAGAAAAACCUUGAAUGUGGGGCAGGCUUCCCUUAGUUUCUGGCAGCAGCAAAUCCGUGCAGGGAAGAAACCACUGAGAUGUCCUUAGCAAGGCAAAUGCUCCAAGUGGAGCCAACACCAUGUCAGACAUCAGAGACUCCUCCCCACAUGGGAGAAUUUCUUUCAGGGGCCUAACUAGGACUGGCCAUGGGGACAAACCCAUUUCCUCAUUCCCACACACAUCAGGGGCAUUUGGCUCCCAAGGAUCCAGCUGCCCAUCACUGGGGUGAGGAUCCAGCAGCAGCUGGUCAGUGACCCUCUGGCUCUGCCUGGUCUAAGCAAACCCCAAGCAGAGGAGGAGCCCUCAUCAGCCCCUCCUCCCUGCUGCAGCCCUGAAUGCUGAGCUGAUGGGCCACAGAUGGGGGAAGGGAGAGAGAGAAACUCCUCCAGCCACUCCUUCUGCCUGGCUGAAGUUCCCCCCUCUCCCUUCCCCUCCCAGAUGGGAUCCCCCUGCCAUGGAGAUGAGGAGAAGGGCACUUGGGCCAGGCCUCACCUUCACUCUAGACCCCUGUCUCCAUCCCCCAUCUUUCACCAGCCCCUGGGCUGGGCUCCCCCACUUACCUGGAGCUGUUCCCUGCAGGGGGAGUGUCCCUGGAGGCUGGUAACUCCUCCCUCCCCAAAUUCCCCAAGGCGCUGGGCUCUGGGGCGCCAAUCGUUAAGGGACCAGGACGAUGGGUUAUGGGGAAGGGACUGAGGAUGGAAUGGUUGGAGCUGGGAAGCAGGGGGAGCUGGGUGCUGGGCUAUCGAAUGUUUGGGGAUCAUGGGAUAAGAGGCGAGGGAGAGCACAGGGGUAGAGAGGUGCUGCCUCUCAUCACUCACCCCUCUGCCCCUUCUCUGUGUUCAGACAGCACCACUAAGUGGGACUGAUUCCCACAGGGCCUUUUGUGGGAGGCCUGGAGAUACCACCUCUGCCUUGGCAGCAUCAGCCUCUGAGCGUCCGCCUGUGGUAGGAAACGUGGUCAGGAUCAGCCAGCUCGUCUCCUCUGACCCUCCCCCAUUCAUCCUACCCUAGAUUCACCCAGAGCAUCUAAUUCCUUCUGAUCCUCACCGUUAGCAGAUUUCAGGGUAGCAGCUGUGUUAGUCUGUAUUCACAGAAAGAAAAGGAGGACUUGUGGCACCUUAGAGACUAACAAAUUUAUUUGAGCAUAAGCUUUCCUGAGCUACAGCUCACUUCAUCUUAUGCACAAUUAGCAGAGUGACUGUUAGAGUCACUGAGUUCCCCCUUUGGGGGUAGAUUCUCUCGCUCCCAGCUAGUCUCACCUUGAUCCAGGCCGUGCUGGCAAGCAUUUCUUUUUGUACAUUUUCUCUCUUACAGACGAGAAUUAAAUGGAGUCUAGAAGAGUAGGAGCAAGGAUAGUAAAGGGUAGUGUUUUAGGUGCUGUGCUAUUUGAGAGCGAUGGGGUGAGUCCGAGGGAUUCCCUCCUUCCCCCGUCACUGUCAUGCUCCAUCCUUGACGCAGCAGUCUCUGUCCAAGCUUUGGAGAAUUUUAUCCUCUCCCCAUUCUACUCCUCCAGCUCCCAAAGUGUCACUUACUACAGUGCCCCUGGCUCUCCGUGCACAGGAAUCACACUUGGAUGCUAAACCAGACUUCUGGAGGUGAAAGUGUCACCGACCUGGGCCAGGGUGGGGGAGGAUUCAGAUGAACCCCAAAGCACAAACUGAGGUUUCUGAGCUUAAAUCCCUGUUUCCAUCUAUUGGUAAAGUGGCUUCUGGGCUUUUCAGAGCCAAGUACAGAUCAUUUGUCAAGGGGAAGGUUUUUGUUUUUGUUUUUUUUUCCUGUUUCGUUAGGAGGAUGGCAAAAUGUUGUAACUAACACAACCGAAUAGCGAGGAGGCGCUGAGUGAAGCAGGGUUAGCCAGCUCAGAAGAAAAUGAGUAAAUUUGUUCUCCUGAUUGUGAAUCAAGAUUCUCUGGAAUUUUGCUUUCUGAAUGUGAAAGUGCUUCAUAGCCCCCCUGUAUCGUGGGGUUUUCUUUCCUGAAGGUGUUGGGUCAUGUACUUUGAUAUUAGUUUGGUUUGACAGGAUGUAGCUCAGGUGUAUUGGGGACGUGAUGUGGCAAAUGACCAUUUGCCAGAAUAGUCCUUUCCUAUUUUCACCUCUAUCCCGUCGUGCGAUUUUCAUGUGGUUUGAACAAUGCCAAUUGUCAAUAUGUAUCCGCACAAACAGAGGGUGAGCGCCAGAUUUACACUCCCAGAGGCAGAGACUGAAAUGGAGAAGGAAGUUACUGCCUGAUCCCUGCAACGAUGCGAGAUAGAGUCAGGAGGGGGAUGGAGUGGGAGGUGAGGGGUACAGAGCUGGAAGACUGCACAUUUCGCUCUUGAGAGCCAGACCGCCAAUACUGAUAACUGUGAACUUGCUGCAGCUGUGCUAGAGAGAGACACAAAAUGUCCUAUGAGUGCCAUGGGAAGACGCCCCUGAAAUCUAAAGGGCUAGGAAUGAUGCCCCAAGAGAAAAGAGGUGGGGAGAGGGCAGCGUCUCAUCGUUGCUGAAAGGACGAGACUAGACAGAUGUAAGAAGGAAGCUGGGGAAGUCACGAGGCCUGAGCUCCCCAGAAGCCAGGCUGACCCCCAUCAAUGAGGCCAGAGGGAGAGGAGGACCCUGAAAUUUUAGUUCCUCCCCUCCCCAUCCGCCGCAGAGUCCUGGGUGCAGAUGAGAGAAUCCCUCUGUGCCCCGCUCACCCCACACUGCAUCCCUUGAACCUGAGCUCGUGGGGUUUCCUGUUCUCGGAGCAUUUACUCUUGUGACUGGAUCUCGGCAUCGCUCGCAGAUUGUCUGUGCUUUUCUACCAGUUUUAACUUGUUUCUCUUUCCCUGGUGCCUGCGGGAGCAGCACAGUGCUGGCCUGGGACAGAAGUGGACCGUGCUGAGCCGGGCUCCGGGCCCUGGCUGGGGAGGUGGGUUUAGCUUGUAUUUCUCAUUUGGAAAUGAUAAAGCAGAACAUAGUUUCUCAACCUCUCAGCAUCUCUUGUCGUGAAUAUUAAUCAAAAUGGGCUUUCAUGGAAGCCUCUUGGAGGUGUUAUUUCUCUUUCCCUGAGCACCACAGACUGCAGAUGCGAAAGCAGCCAGCUCUGUGGGAUUUCAGAGUCUUCUAAGGCGAAAAUCCAUCAUCUGCAGGGAAAAUCCCCACUGGCUGUCCUGUCCCAUUCACCCGCCUCCUGCGGAAGAAGAGUCAGUCAGGCUGGGGAGGCAUUUUUUUGAACCUUGGUGAAGCAGCUAUGGAGAGGAAUGAUGAUAACCUGUUCUUUAAAACAGUGGUUCUCAACCAAGGGUACACAUAUCCCUGGGGGUACGCAGAGGUGUUCUGGGGGGUACAUCAACUCAUCUAGAUAUUUGCCCAGUUUUGAAACAGGCUACAUAAAAAAUACUAGUGACGUCAGUACAAACGAAAAUUUCACACAGACCAUGACUUAUUUGUACUGCUCUAUAUGCUAUACACUGAAAUGUAAAUACAAUAUUUAUAUUCCAAUUGAUUCAUUUUAUAAUUACAUGGUAAUGAUGUAAUGAUGAGAAAGGAAGCAAUUGUUCAGUACUAGUGGCUGCAACACUUUUGUAUUUUUAUGUCUAAUUUUGUAAGCUAGUUGUUUUUAAGUGAGGUGAAACUUGGGGAUACGCAAGACAAAUCAGCCUCCUGAAAGGGGGACAGUCAUCUGGAAAGGUUGAGAGCCACUGCUUUAAAGCACAUUGAAAUCCACCGAUGAAAAGUGCUAUCUGAGAGCCAGGUAUUCCGAUUUAUUUUUGGCCGCACAAAGUGAGGCCCUGCGCUCAGCGUGAUGGCAUUUGUCCGUUUGGACGCAACGCAAUAACUUUCGAUUGCUGCACCCAAUCAGUUCUAACGUUUCAGGGAAUGUACCUGGCAGCCCUCAGGAGAAGGCUGCUGGGUUCGGUGAACGUCGGAAAAUUCUGAGGGGUAAUGGUGGAUGCAUGGGGCUCUCCAGGCAUCUGGUCCCUAGCCCACUCUGCUUCAACCAGUGAGCAAUUGUCGAAUGUCUGGUGCAUGGCUGCCACUGAGCCCUGGAGGGCUGAAGGGACUGUGAUGUUGCAAUACCUAACUUUUAGGUGUCUAGAAAAUCACUGAAACAACCUUGGGGUCUGGAAAGGCUGAAUUAGUCAGCUAAGCUCCCUGUACCGUGCAUGGGGAAACUGAGGCAUCUAAGGAUGGGAUCUACAAAAGCCAGCAUGUUAGGCAGGGAGCUGCCUAAGCUAGGCGAUGAGAGAUGCUGAUGUGAGGGGGUCCCUCAGUCUCUCCUGCGAAACCUGUCACACUUUGCAGCAGUCCGACGGAAAGGGGCCUUCCCAGGCAGGUGCCCCAACCCCAGACUGCAGAGUCGAUCUCUUGCUGUGGCUCAGUGAAUGUCCCACCUGGGCUGGGCACAGCACAAAGGGGCCUUUGAUGAAGGUCUCUACCCAGCACAGACCCUGCCGGGGGACAAGCAGCUGCUCAGUGUGGGCUCCCAAACCCCAGUGGAGGAGGCAGCAGCUCAUGACCCAGGACAAAAAACAGAGACAGAUGGAGUGCAGUCUCCUCUCUCUGAGCAGGGACACAACAGCUCCUGAAUUGCUCCCCCCACUCCUCUCCCUGCCAGACCCCAACCUUGGAGGAGAUCAAGCGUAGUCAGGGCUGGAUUAAGGCAUAUGCUAUUUGCUAGCCCCUGUCCAAGGUAAUAGGAAAAGGCAGAGGUAGCAAAUUAUAAUAGGCGGAACCCUGUCCAUCAUAAUUUGCUGUCCCAGACAAGAAGAUGGAGAAAGGUGAGAGAAAGCAAAUUAUGAUGGGAAAGCCCGCCACCCAUCACGAUAUGGUACCCCUGGACCAGAGGAUGGGGAAAGGCAGAUGCAGCAAAUUGUGACAGGGCAGCAAAAGCGAUCAGCAACUGCUUCCAGUAGCAAUUUGUGCUCCCAGCUGUUUGCAGCGUGACCCUGGCUGGAGUCUGGGAGAUCCCAGACCUGGCAUCUGUCCCUUUCCAUCUAAACUCCCAUAAGGGAGAGUGUGCCAAUUUUAGGAAAGAGCUGGACAUACAGAGGGGGGAGAGGGAGGAUCCUGCACAAAAUCUCUUUCUUUUCCAAAGCAAAUAUCUCAACACCUAGGUCAUUUUCUUUCCCCUUUUCCUUUGAGGCAAAGGAAAAUGAAUGGAAUGUAGGUAAAUAAAGAUUAAAAAGCGAGCAUAUUA